GCCGCGCGGCGUCACUUUGCAUCCUGCGUCUGAACGUCUGAACCAGAGACCCACCGCGCUCUCUCUCUCCCUCUCUCUCUCCCUCCCUCACACACACAGACCACCAGCUUUUGACUUCAGCUGUCCCAGAAGGACAGACAGGGAGGACAGGACAUGUUGGGGAUGUGGAGGGGACUCGCAGGACUGUCCACUUUGUGCUGUGUGCUGAUGCUGAUUCACUCUUCGCCUCCAGCAGAUGCAGCGACCGUAUGCAGCUCCACUCAGUUUACGUGUGGGAAUGGGAGGUGCGUCACCAGAAAGUGGAUCUGUGAUGGGACGGACGACUGUGGAGACGACACUGAUGAACUGCCUGCAACCUGCGCAAGUAAAACCUGUCGGGAGACAGAGUUCAGCUGUGGCCUCCCCAUGAACCAGUGUGUCCCAGUAGGCUGGCACUGCGACGGCAAAGAAGACUGUGGAAACGGGGCUGACGAGAAAAACUGCACAGCCAAACAGUGCAAAGAUGAAGAGUUCCGUUGUGCCAAUGGCCAGUGUAUAUCCACAGCCUACUUCUGUGACAGCGACAUCGACUGCUCAGACGGCUCAGACGAGGCCUCCUGCCCGAAGCCCUCCUGCAGCUCUCGCUCCUUCCAGUGCAACAACUCGGUGUGCGUGCCGGCCCUGUGGGCCUGCGAUGGUGACCAGGACUGUUCCGACGGCUCUGACGAGUGGCCAGAGAACUGCGCUGAGAAGAAGCCGGACGUGGCGCCCCGCUGCGGCGUCGACGACUUUCAGUGCAAUAAUGGGGACUGUAUCCACAGCCGCUGGAAAUGUGACGGAGCUGCGGACUGCACGGAUCAUUCUGAUGAGCUCCACUGCAGUCGUCCUACUUGUCGACCUGAUGAGUUCCAGUGUAACAAUGGCGACUGUAUCCACGGCGCCCGCCAGUGUGACAAUGAGGCCGACUGCAAGGACCACAGCGAUGAGAUUGGCUGCCACACAGAAAAUGCAUGCGAAGGCCCGACCAAGUUUAAAUGCAGCAGCGGGGAGUGUAUCAGCAUGGAGAAGGUGUGUGACAAACAGAGAGACUGCAGGGACUCGUCUGAUGAACCUGUCAAAGAGUGUGGCAACAACGAGUGUUUGACAGGAAAUGGCGGCUGCUCCCAUCACUGCAAUGAUCUGAAGGUUGGCUUCAACUGCUCCUGUCCUCAUGGGUACAUCCUGAAGAUGGACCAGAAAACCUGCGAAGACAUUAACGAAUGUGCCGAACCGGACACGUGCAGCCAGAUCUGCAUCAACCUGCCCGGCAGCUACAAGUGUGACUGCCAAGAUGGCUAUGAGAUCGACCCGGCGACCAAGACAUGCAAAGCUGAAUCAGGCUCCAUACCUACGCUGUACUUCACCAACAGACACGAGGUGAGGAAGAUGACGGUGGACCGCAGCGAGUACGUGCGUCUGAUCCCACAGCUGAAAAAUGCAAUGGCUCUGGACAUGGAUAUGCCAAACAAGAUAAUCUUCUGGUCUGACCUGGCCCUGAAGAAAAUCUACAGCUCCAAGCUCGAGGUGGCCAGUAACUCCUCCUACCACACUGAAGUAAUUGGCAGUGGAAUCGAGUCCCCAGAAGGAAUCGCAGUGGACUGGAUCCAUGGAAACAUCUACUGGACCGACAGCAUGUUGAAAACUAUCUCCGUGGCAACGACUGACGGCAGCAAGAGGAAAACGCUCAUCACAGAAAACCUGGAAAAGCCAAGAGCCAUCACCGUUGACCCGGUGAAUAAUUUUGUGUACUGGUCAGACUGGGGUGAGGAGGCUAAGAUAGAAAAGAGUGGAUUGAAUGGAGCUAAUCGCGUUGCCCUGGUGACAGACAACAUUGUGUGGCCCAAUGGCCUCACCCUGGACAUGGUCAACCAGCGUCUUUACUGGGUUGACUCCAAGAUGCACAUGCUCUCCAGCAUCGACGUGAAGGGAGGGACGCGGCACAGUCUCAUCUUCGACGAGGACAAGCUCUCCCACCCCCUGUCCCUCGCUGUGUUUGAGGAGAAAGUGUUUUGGACAGACAUGGGCAAUGGUGCAGUUUUUAGCGCCAACCGUCUGACGGGAAAGGACAUCACCGAGCUGGCAAUGGACCUGGACCAACCAGAGGACAUAGUACUGUACCACAACCUCAAGCAGCCCAACGGUACGAACUGGUGCAGAGAGAGCAACAGGAUGAAUGGAGGUUGUGAGUUUCUGUGCCUCCCUGCUCCUCUGAUCAACCAGCGCUCCCCGAAGUACACUUGUGCCUGUCCAGACCACAUGACAAUGGGACCUGACAUGAGGACGUGUGUGGCAGGAUCAGUUGCCCCUCCGGUCAAAAGCGGAAGUGAAGCUACGCUCCCACCUCAAGUUCCCCCCAAGCCGACUACACCCAGGCAGCCCGUCCCUACGUCUACAACCACAACCCCAACCACAACUAGAGUGACUGAAAAACUCACAUCUACCUCAUCCAUCCAGCAGCCUGGCGUCACUGCUCAAGGUAGCAAAUUGGCAGCUGAGCCUGGAGAGGCCGAUCCAUCCCACCCUAUUGCUCUCUACAUCGUGCUGCCAAUACUGGUCAUGUCCCUGCUGGUCUUUGGAUCAGUGUUGCUUUGGAGACACUGGCGUCUGAAGAACACCAACACCAUCCACUUUGACAAUCCAGUGUACCAGAAAACCACAGAGGACGAGUUGCACAUCUGCAGGAACAACUCUGAUGGCUAUGUUUAUCCUCAGAGACAAAUGCUGGGCAUGGAGGACAUGGAUGUUGCUUGAACCAAAGAUAAAGAAGACAAACAAGACAAAGGCCAUUUCUUCUCCUGCUGCUGCUUACCAGCCGCCUCCGUCCUCCCCCCAGUGACCUCAUUUAGUGGCCUAUGUUUCUGACCUCAGCACUGUGCCGUCCAAGUCAGAUAUAAGAACUUAAAAAAAGAAGAAAAAAAAAAGAUAUUUGAACAUGGCAAAAUAGAGUAUAUCCACCGGAAGCCAUUUUGUUAAACCACAAAAUGGUUUCAAAAUGAAGGACCAAUGCUCGCUUUUAGAAGAAGAAGCAUCGUGCUGCAUGAGAAGGUGUAGAUGAACGCUCGCUUUACGGCCAACACAUCACCUCAGUAUGUUGCUCACCUAAAUACACAUGGAUCAAAAUCUCUGUUCAAUGAAUUUAACUUGAAAAACUUGACCUUUACUGUCCCAAAACGCAUGUGUGCCUUCCAUCCACACUCUGGAUGUACACAUUGUAAAUGCCUUACUGACCCCACUUCCUCUCAAACCUGUUUCUGUGGUAGUUAAUGCUUGAGUGCUUUAACCCCAGGCAGUGACGGCCUCCAUUACAAACAUAUCGUGGCCUUCUCUUUUCCUGGAUACAGCUUUGCACAUUUAGUAUCAGAGGCAUUUUUCUACUAGCAGCUAUUAUAGUAAAUCACAUCUGAAUCAGUGCUUGUUUGUUGUCUUUCUCUGAGUGAAGCAUCUGUAUGUGAAGAGUCACAGAUGGUUUAUUUUAUAAAUGGAAAAUGCUGCUGAGUUUUCUGAAGUCAACCAAAACGAAGUAAAUGUUCUUUUUUGUUUUUUAAAAAAAUGAAGAUUGUAAAGGUAAAAGUAAUGAUUGUACUGUAAGUGACCGCCUAUCGUAACACUGUAAAUAAUGUCUGUACAUAUUCACAUGUUCACUCUGGUGUUGCCUUUUUACAUUUGUACAUUUGAAUCAAGAAAUAUUGUACAUAUGUGUAAGAUUCUUUAAUUUAUUUAUGGAUGUAUGAGAGAAGGUUUAUUUUUGGUUGUUCUUUCGUCUGGCUGCAAAUACAUUACAUACUAUAUUUUAGCACCAGCCACGGUGACGUGAUUUAGUUACAUCUCAGCCAGAUUAAAGUUAUUUUAACUUAUGCCUGCUCAGUUUCGUGCGCACCACAUUCUGUGUGGGGCAGUGCGUAUUGUUUGUAACCGUUGUACAUGUUACAGAGAAACACUGAAGAAACUCUCUUUGUUCCUUAAAUCACAUAAUUUAUUUUUGCUCCUGCCUUUCUGUUAAGAUGCGGUUACUAUCUACAGUCUACAAAUGAUGAUGUACGAGUAUAUUCAUGCACAACAGCCUGCACAUCACUAUGUUCAUGUUUAUUUGUGCUGGUCUUAUUUUAAUAAAAGAAAAAUUGUUUCUCAUGUUC